ACUGCCUCCGCCACUGCGACCAAUAGUAGCGUGGCGGGCGUGGAUCUGAGCCGCGUGGUGCUCCUGUCGCCGUGGGCGCCGCGCGCGUUCCUCUACAAGCAAUUUCUCAGCGACGCGGAGUGCGACCACAUCAUCGCACGCGCGACACCACGCCUCGAACGCUCGGGCGUGGUGAACAACGACGACGGUAGCAGCUUCGUGAGCGACAUUCGCACGAGCUCAGGCGCGUUUCUCAACAAGGGCGAGGACGCCGUCAUGCGCACAGUGGAGCAGCGCAUCUCCGAGUGGACCUUCCUCCCACUCCAGAACCAGGAGGCACUGCAGGUGCUGCGGUACACCAAGGGGCAGAAGUACGAGCCACACGUGGACUAUUUCCACGACGCCGUGAACACGCAGAGGGGCGGCCACCGCUACGCCACCGUGCUCAUGUACCUCAACAACGUGACGCUGGGCGGGGAGACUGUGUUUCCCAAGGUCAAGGAUGACUCACCUAAGGACGAGACUUGGUCUGACUGCGCCAAGGGCUUUCUGGCUGUGAAGCCAGAGAAGGGAGACGCGCUGCUCUUCUUCAACCUGCACCCAGACGGCACGCCAGACCCCGCCAGUCUCCAUUACGCCUGCCCCGUGGUGCACGGCGUCAAGUGGUCCGCGCCCAAGUGGAUCCACGUGGCAGACUUUGAUAAGCCGCUCGCCAGUGCUGAUGCUGGCGCCGGCGGCGCGGCUGCUGCUGGUGGGGGUGGGGGUGAUGGCGCGUGCACGGACAGCAAUGCAUACUGCCAGUACUGGUCAGAGGCGGGCGAGUGUGAGAAGAACCCCGUGUACAUGCACGAGGCGUGCCGCAAGGCCUGCAAGGUCUGCUCCUAG